AUGGGGAGAGGUCGCAACAACAAGGAUGCUGCUGAUAAAGGGCGAACGCCAUCCUCCUCUUCGUCGCCUGUGGUGCUUGGUCCCUUUGAAGACUUGCUCGACUCACAGACCAAGGCUGAUCUCACCGGCGGACAAGAUGGCGACGGUGUUGAUGUGGUUGCUGAUACCGCUGCUAAUGAGGAAGAAGAAGAGGCUGCUGAAGGAGAGGCUGAUGCGGAUGCAGACGCGCAGGAGGACGAGGAAGCCUCGUCAGAUCAGGCUCCUGACGAUGACGGCGAUGGGUACCUGAGCGAUGACUCCGACGAACACCUGGAACCAGCUUCGCUCGGCAGCAUUAUCGCUUUGAAAAGAUUCUCAUUAACCUUGCUGGUGCCAUUUAACAGGAAACCCGAAGUCAAGCGGACUGCUGUAACUGUGGCUGCAUUACUGGAUGAUUGGAAGGAUCAGCUGUCGCCAGAUGUGCUGCAGACAACGACUUAUCAGGAGCUUACUGCGACCUAUUUCCCUGGCACGCGUUAUGGUCGCCUUCAGGUUACCUUCAACCACGUCCGCGACGCGAACUUUGUUUGGAGCCAGGUCAUCAGACAUGAAUGCGCGAACGGCGACAUCGUCGACUUUACCUGGCAGCAUCCUAAAGACGCACGCUUCCUCCGAGAGCGUCUGCUGAACCCGACGGCGAAAGAGGUUGUUGUCAAAGGAGUUACCGCGGACAUUACUGCUGAGCUGAUACGUCACUUGCUGGUGGUGUCGAAGCUGGUUAAGCGCGGUCGGAGUGCUUUCGCCAGUGGUUUCGGCUUUCACCGUACUGUUGAUCCGGUCUCUGGGUUGGACACCGACCGGCCUGGAGAGACUGAUGACGAAUCUGCGUGCAAGCUGAGAGCUCAUGUAGCAGAGGAGAGGAAAAGGGUUAAGGCGACCAUGGCGCACUUGGAGUUGAAGGUGGAGGAGCUCAGACGGAAGGUGAUGUCAGACCCUUCGUCGCAAGCUCUGUACGAGGAUCUGAUAAAAAACGAAGCGGCUCUCAAGCUUUACCAGGACAACAACAAGGAGCGGCUGCAAGUUCUGACGGGGUUGCUGCAAGAGCUGGCGGGUGAGACUCCAUCAGGCUUCCUCUCAGGCUUGGUCAAGUCUAGAAAGGCGAAAACCGAAAUAGCGGAACUCACUUUCAAUGGGGUGUUGAGGAAGGGAGCAAGCGAGGUGCUGCAAGUGGCCUCGGAGCAUUUUCGGGAGGCCUACGCGCUGUCGCCGCUGUCCUCUCCCGUGGAGCCGUGGCCGAUUGAAGAGGGAAAGACGCUGCAGGAGAGUGAUCGCUUACAACUGGACAGCAAAUGGUCAGAGCAGGAGGUGAAGGCGGCGCUUAAAGGCUUACCGACGGUGAAGGCCCCGGGGCAGGACGCCUUGCCGAAAUAA